AUGUCCGACGAGAGCCCCCGAGAGACUGAGGAGCUGGACGCGGCACCUCCAUCAGGUGACGAAAAUGAGCCGCAACAGCAAGAAUCCGAGAUGAAUCGAAACGAUGAUCCACACGACGCUGGGUACGACUUCGAGGUCAAAGAACAAGACCGCUGGUUACCUAUUGCCAAUGGUGUCACCGAUGGAGGGAGCGUCGAGAACCAGUCGUGUCUUCGAUUGCGUUACCAUUCCACAUAUAACACUGCAGCGCGCGUCUCAUCUGCACGUACUGUCGAAUCAGAAGUCCAACGGUCAGCCUACGAUCUGCGGCCUCCGACUCGUGCGGCUGUUUGCACGAAUCGCAAGAUGCCUUCAUCCUCAUCCCCGCAAUCAUCUGCUUCACCACCAUCGCGAGGGGCUAGGAGGAGCCCUCAUGCUAUUUGCGACAAUGACGCUAACAUACACAACUUUGCUCCAGUCGCCAGAAUCAUGAAGAUGGCAUUGCCCGAGAACGCGAAGAUCGCCAAGGAAGCGAAAGAAUGCAUGCAGGAGUGCGUUAGCGAGUUCAUCUCCUUCAUCACUAGCGAGGCAUCUGAGAAAUGUCAGCAGGAGAAGCGCAAGACUGUUAACGGCGAAGACAUCCUAUUCGCCAUGACAUCGCUCGGGUUCGAGAAUUAUGGUGAAGCUCUGAAGAUCUAUCUCGCACGCUAUCGAGAGAACCUACUCGCUAGAGGCGACCAGAAGCCAGCAACCACAUCCGCGGCUACAGACCCGAUCUAUGAGAACUCGAAUCACAAUGUACUAGCCAACCCCAUGGACCCCACCGGAGAAGUUGGCCCAGACUUCAGCUACCCAAGCGGCCAUGUUGUCUCGAACGAAUAUUGA